AUAAAUGUUAAAAUAUCAGUAAUAUGGCAGCUUCAGUCUUUGAUGGUGAAGGAUUUGGCACACCCGAUCUUACACUUUUACCUAAGAUCGACGAAGAAUCAAUUGUUAAUAAUUUAAAAAUUAGGUAUGAAAAAGGCAAAAUUUAUACUUAUAUUGGGGAAGUGCUUAUAUCGUUGAACCCUUAUAGAAAUCUUAAUAUAUAUGGUAGAUCAGAGAUCGAUUCUUAUAAGAGCAGAGAAACUUAUGAAAGGCCGCCCCACAUCUUUGCUUUGGCAGAUAAUGCUUACACUAAAAUGAAACGAUUUGCCAAAGAUGUUUGCAUUGUAAUUUCAGGUGAAAGUGGGGCUGGGAAAACAGAGGCCUCCAAGAUAAUUAUGAGAUACAUAGCCGCCAUAACUAGUUAUCAAUCACAAGCCCAAAUUGAAAGGGUUAAAAACGUUUUGAUUGAAUCUAACCCUUUGUUGGAAGCCUUUGGUAAUGCCAAAACAUUUCGUAACGAUAACUCGAGUCGUUUUGGGAAAAAUAUGGAUGUUAUAUUUGAUUUUAAAGGUGAACCAAUUGGUGGCCAUAUUGAUACCUACCUUAUUGAAAAGACCAGGGUCGUAUUUCAACAGCAAAGCGAAAGAAAUUUUCAUAUAUUUUACCAGAAUUUGUUAUUCCAUAUUGAUAAAGAAAAUUAUAAAUCAACACGUUUUUCGCUUUUGACUAUGGGAUUUUCACCAGAAGAGACCGAGACUAUUUUUAUUAUUAUAGCCGCCAUAUUGCAUAUAGGAAAUAUUGAGUUUUACGAGGAAGAAGGAAAAUUGAUUAUAAAUCCCGGUGAAUCUCUAAAGAAUGCCUGUAAUUUGCUUAAAUUGAAAGUGAAGUCAUUAGAGAAAGCUCUUCUAUGUAAAGUAAUAGUAGCCCCGAAAUAUGAUAUUAUGGUUACUUCGCUCUCAAUACAGCAGGCCAUUUAUGCGAGGGAUGCUUUCAGCAAAGCCUUGUACGAAAGAUUGUUUUCUUGGAUUGUACAGCGUAUAAAUUUUUUUGUGCAAGUUGACAAGAAAAUUGUCCCUCAUACGACAAAUAAUGUUAUUGGGGUAUUGGAUAUUUACGGGUUCGAAGUUUUCAAUAAUAACAGUUUUGAACAACUGUGUAUUAAUUAUUGCAACGAAAAACUUCAACAACUUUUUAUCCAUGUAGUUUUGAAUGAACAGCAAGAAGAAUAUUUGAGAGAAGCCAUUGAAUGGAAUUACGUAGAUUAUUUUGACAACAAAAUAAUCUGUGAUCUGAUGGACGAACCUCAUAAAGGGAUCUUUUCCAUCGUAGAUGACGCUUGCUUAAACGUGAGCGGUAAAAUAGAUGAUGAAAUUCUUUUCCAAAUGUUAAGCGAAAAAUUGAAAGACAAUCCCAGAUUCAGCUCUCGUCUGACUGACCGCUCUGAUAAAGCCCUACAACAUUCGAACCUUUUCAAGAUUAAUCAUUAUGCUGGGGAGGUCAUCUAUAAUUCCAACGGAUUCAUCCAUAAAAACACCGACUCUAUAUAUCAAGAUCACAAGCGACUCUUGAGACAAGAGAGUGGCGACGCUCUUGUACGCAAGAUGUGGCCAGAUGGUGAGCCCUCAUGCAGUCAACAGCGCAGGGCUCCAAGCACUAGCGCACUUUUUAAAGCUAGUACCAAUUCUCUUAUCAAAACACUCGCCAGCCGGAUUACUUAUCACGCGCGCUGCAUCAAACCUAACCACGAUAAGAGCCCCCUUAUAUUCGACAAGGAAGCUGUCGCUCGGCAAGUUCGAUAUCUCAAUUUAAUUGAAAAUACGCGCGUACGGAAAGCAGGAUUUGCCUAUUGUAUUGGAUAUACUCGUUUCUUAGCUAGGUAUAAAUUAUUAUCGAAAUAUACUUGGCCAAAUCAUCAUUUCGCCUCAGACAAAGAAGCUGUCGCAAAGUUAUUGGAUGAAAAGGGAUUACAAGAAGACGUUGUUUACGAGCCACUAUGUUAUCUGGUGUCGUAGUCUUUUUGCAAAAAAUCUGGAGAGGCAAACUGGG